CAAGCGAGGCCUGGAGACCGAGACGCUGAAAAGAAACAGGGAGAAAACCGCUUGUGGCGCACUUCCGGUGCGCUAAACUGAGAAAGAUGGCUGCGUCCCAGCAGCAGGCUGCAGCUGCUUCGUCUGCUGCGGGCGUAUCGGGUCCGGGUUCGUCUGGCGGCCCGGGUCCGCAACAGCAGCCUCAACCACCAGCACAGCUGGUGGGGCCUGCCCAGAGCGGGCUUUUGCAGCAACAGCAACAGGACUUCGACCCGGUGCAGCGUUAUAAGAUGCUCAUCCCGCAGUUGAAGGAGAGUCUACAGACCUUGAUGAAGGUUGCAGCUCAGAACUUGAUUCAGAACACUAACAUUGACAACGGACAAAAGAGCAGUGAUGGACCCAUACAGCGCUUUGACAAGUGUCUGGAAGAGUUCUACGCACUCUGUGACCAGCUGGAGCUCUGCCUGCGCCUGGCCCAUGAGUGCCUGUCCCAGAGUUGCGACAGUGCCAAGCACUCUCCCACUCUGGUGCCCACGGCCACCAAACCGGAUGCAGUGCAGCCUGACAGCCUACCCUACCCGCAGUACCUGGCAGUCAUCAAAGCCCAGAUUGCUUGUGCCAAGGACAUUCACACCGCUCUGCUGGACUGCGCCAACAAGGUUACAGGCAAGACGCCUGCACCACCUACUGGCCCCGGGGGCACCCUGUGAGCUGGCAGGGCUGGGAGUGGGGCGGGCCGCGGGGGGGAAGGGGACAGGGAGGGAAUGAAGAGUGACCUGAAAGCAGCCUUAGUCUCUGCCUUUUCUUCCCGUCUAAGCCCUGUGGCUGGAGCCAGCAGGGGGCAGCAGAGGCCAGCAGGGAGCGGGCAGGGCGGGGCCUCACCGCCUCCAAGCAGCCUGCUCUCCUGCCUAGCCCAGGAUGCACUUUGGACUGUCUAUGGAUGACCUCUUACUAGGGCUCUUCCCCAGCCUGGCCUGGGCAGAGAGCCCAGACCAGCCUCUCUCCUUCAGUCCUUCCUGAUUUUGUCCGUUGGGGGUGGGGUCUCUGUGGUUUGCUGCUUUUUCUAGCUGUCUCUAGUGUGUUUCUAAGGCAUGGGUCAGUUGUUAUCUGUCAUUUGAUCUCUUUUUGUCUCUGUGUCUCUGCCUCUGUGGUCCUGUCUCUGAC